GCACUCACUGUCUGCGCAAUUAUUAUCGUGUUGUCUUUAAUUGUCGUUGUUUCGUUCCGAACAACUGAAUAUAAAGCCAAUCUCUAUGUGAACAAGUGCUGGGAUGACUUUACUAAACUGAACAAAACCGUUGAUAUGAUGGCAUUACAGAUUCGGUUCAGGUGCUGCGGUCGAAAUGGUAUAAAAGAUUAUGCACAGUACGAUCAUGUGCUAAGAAUGUCCUGCUACAAGGAUUUCAAUUUGCAAACUGAAGCCUACUCUAAAGACUGCACACAUGCAGUUAAAGACUAUGCAGCAAAAAAGCGUAAUAGUUGCAUUAUUAUCAAUGGUGUAAUCAUUGCAUUGAUGGCUAUCUACUUUUUGUUGUGCAAAUUGUUGUACCAUUGGCGACUGAUAAAGAAGCUUUAAUAGUUCAUAAUACGUAAUCCAGUGGAAUGCUGUCAAUAAAUUAACAGAAAACAACACGAAAUUAGUUUUGUUCAGUUUUCUUAUUAAGUUGUAUAAAUUAAAUGAAGAAUUGCACUAUAGAGUUCCUGUUAUGGAUUAACCACUUGCAGUCAUUGGAAUUUGGUUUGCUAGGCAUAACACUGAUAAUGGGUGGGGUUUAUCUACCGACCGGUAAUGCCUAUAUGCAGGUUCAGUUAGUCUGUAACUGCAGUUUGACGAUGCGCAAGCUUUUCAUUGUCAGCGGCGGAACUAUGAUCCUUACGGGUGCAAUGACUGCAUUCUGGUAUCGCAGGCACAUGGAGAUUAUCUAUAUGAUAUACAUUGUACUCAUAGUGCUGUCCAUUGUUUUUACCAUCUCGUUGACCAUUUGCAUAACAAACAAUUGCGAUUCAAAGACAGCUAUAGAGAAGAUUGAAAAACUCUGGCUCAACACCGAAUAUGAUGAUAAUACUUUUUUCAAGAUGCAGCAAUAUCUCGAAUGCUGCGGAAAGACAGGAGAAUCGGACUACGUUGAAAAGGAGCCAUUUCCAGUAUGUCACAAGGACUUUGAUAAUGAGAACACCAAAUUCACCGUAGGAUGCGUAAAGGCGGCAGAACGCUUCUAUGACCAAAAGGCUCUUGUCGCAGAGCUGAUUGCGUGCCUUGUAGUAAUUAUAGAGCUAAAGGGUCUGGGACUUGCUGCUGUACUUUAUCGCACCAGGAAAAGGGUCGCUGCUUUAUCUAUUCAACACACAGUUACUUAUACGCAAUGAAUUUCUAUUUUUAUAACAUCGAUAUUAUACAUAUAUAUGUAA